GUUAGUUCAAUUCCUACGCUUGAUUAGUGCACACAAUUGUCUAUAUAUCUCUGUAUAGAUCGUGUAUAUAUAAAUUAAAGUAUAAACUAUUAGAACAAUGGCCGAUUGCAAACGAAGUUCUUGUUAUCGCGCAUUCGAGUUUGUUGUGCGCGCCUUUGCGAUUGCCAGCCUGCUUAUCGUUAUGACCGCCAUCUAUCGGCAGGACGAUGAUCCUGGCUCCCACUAUUUGCAUCCCAGACGAGUCAUGCAGUAAUGCCGCAAACUUAGUUAUACCUCCUUUGUACUUAAUCAACCACACAAAUUACUUUAGUAUAAUGUUUAUUAAUAUAAAAUAAAAAGAAAA